UCCUAGGCAGCCCAUGGCUGACGUGCCGUUUCCUUCAGACCCGCGAUAGUUUAAAUUGGCACGUAGUACUGGAGGCAAUUGUUUGUUCUGCGGUUUACCUAACGCUUUAGGCAUUGGCUCCGUGUGAUCUCAGCGACAGCCUCCUUAGCUUGACACGACGGUGGACAAGCGUGGAGUAGCGGGGUUAGAAACUCAACAGCCCUCGGUAUGUUUUGUUAAGUCAUUCAGAACAUUGUGCACUGAUGCUGUGUGGUUUGUGUAGUUAAUGAGGAUAUUUCCUGCUGCAGGUGGUGUCCGGCGACUGCCACUGUUUUUCCCCUAUUAGUUUUCCAUUGUUUGAUUUCUUUCUGUUUUGUUUGUUUAAGGGGCUGUUUUGUGUGCUUAUUUGGGGGUUUAUAUGCAUUUAGAGCCUUGAUUAGGCUAGGCUUACUAACCUGGCGACGCAUUUUUACACUUUGCACUGAGUGUUUGUCCUACAAUGCCUAAUGUUUGCAGUGAUACUUAGAUGUGAUAUGCAGAUAAGAGUUGGUGUGGUUAUAUAUUUGUAUUCCUAAAUCACGUGUGUUGUAGCGUUCCCCAGGUUGGGAGUUCACCAAACCAAGUGCCAUUCUAAGCUAAAGGCCCAGGUAUAUUAGGCCCACAAUCACGCCCCUGUUGUUAGUGUUUGCUAUUUUAAUAGGAUGUACAUCCAUCUGAUUUUACUACUGUGCAUUUAAUAAACAUUGUAUUUAUAUUUGUUAUACCACGGCCUCUGCCUAAGUUCUUUUGAUUGGACAGGAACUGUGCAGGGAACCUAGUCCUAAUUAUAGUAUGCUCAACUGAGGGUCUCUCACCCCAUCUGUGAGAGUGGCGUAGUCGGAAACAACUAGCAUGAGACCUGGUCCUAACAUUCUCUGAGACCAUUUAAUGCUAAGUGCACCACCCCGCCACAUAUGGCGUAGUCGGCAGGAUAUCAGAGGCUGUGGUAUUUUGUUUCCUUUUGUUGGUAGCCCUAUUUUGUUGUAAUAUUUAUUUAGUGGGAAAAACAGUGGUUGUCAUCUAGGGUCUCAUCGCCCCCUGGACAGCCUUUGUGUGGAUUUCGGUGUGCAGACUUCGGUGACUGACAUCAAGUGGACAUCAGGACUACUCUACUGGGCUCUGAAAGACGGGUAGUCAUGUCGGAGGACAAUGUUCAGGAACAAUUGCGAGCUCUUGCUGAACAGGUACGACAGCUUCAAGCUGAAAACAGCCGCUUGCGAGAUAACGGUGAUUCUCAGGAGGAAGGUUCCGCCCCAUCUACCAGUGGGACGCCUGCCGCUGUUUCUUCACAACCGGUAUCUGAGCAUUAUGUUUUUGUUCCUAGAGAGCGUAAAUGCCCUACAUUUUCUGCUAAAAAUUCUUGUGACUUGAUGUCUGUUGAGGACUGGAUUGAGGAGGCUCGUAGGUGUCUAUCAAUUAGACGCAUGCUUCCAGCUGAGCAAGCUUUGUUUUUGUUUGAUCAUUUAGAUGGGGAAGCAAAAGCUGAGAUGAAAUUUCACUCUGUUGCAGACAGGAAUACCCCAGAUAAAGUGUUUAACAUUCUUUUGGAAAACUAUGCAUGUUCACAGGUGUAUGUUCGUACACAACAGCAGUUUUAUUUGCGUACACAGAAAGAAGGGGAAUCUGUUAGGGAGUAUUCUCAUGCACUCAAGUCUAUUAUGGAUAUUGCUAUUCGUAAGAGUCCUGAGGGGUCUAUUCCUAACUCUGACUGUACUUUACGUGACCAGUUUGUAGAGCACCUGCGUGACGACAUGCUCCGUAGACAUUUAAAAGACAAAAUGGUCGCUUCUCCUACUAUGUCUUUUAUGGACGCUCGUCGUGCAGCCCUGAGUUGGGUUGAUAGGGGUAAACUUGUGAGUAACCAGAGGGCUCGAGCACACUCCUGUGAUACCUUUGUGAGCAAUUGUGAGGCAGAUGCUAACGUUAUUGUUGCUAAACCUGAUGGUGAGAUUGCUGAGGUGAAAGAGGUCUUACGUCAGCAACAGUUACAGCUCGAUGCUAUUUUGAAACAUUUGGGUGCCCCUGGGCCCAGUGACAGAGGGAGGGGUCCUGCUAGGCCAUAUAGGUUUCGACCUGAUGGUAAGCCAAUCUGCUCUCGUUGUAACCAAGAUGGUCAUAUCGCCAGGUUUUGUUCAGUUGAUUUAAACACUCACUCAGGUCCAGCCAAUAGGGCAGGCCCCAGAACAUUCAGUCGGAACCAAACCACAGGAAUAGCAUCUAGUGCUAUGCAGCCGUCGGAAAACUAGCGCCUUCUGGUGUAGGGAGCCAGGCAUCAGAAGGGGGUCUUUGGUGCUCAAACCGUAUUUCACCUCAACAUUCAUCUCAGCUCAUAGGGAGUUGCCCUAUAGUGGAAGUUGGUAUGGGGGAUGUUGUAGUCCCCUGCUUAUUAGACACCGGAUCCAUGGUCACUACUAUCACUGAGACAUUUUUUAAGCAGUAUUUCCAGUCUCAGGGGGUAGAGCAGCUGCAGCAAUGCAAGUGGUUACAGCUAAAAGCAGCUAAUGGCUUGGACAUUCCUUAUGUUGGUUAUGUAGAGCUGGAUGUUAAUGUGUUGGGCAAGACCCUACCAAAGAUGGGUGUUUUAGUAGUAAAAGAUUCCCCAGAUUCAUUUUCUCAACAACAAAAAUGUAAAGUGCCUGGCUUACUCGGGAUGAACAUCAUCCGCAGUUGCUAUCAUGAAUUGUUUGGUCACAAUGGCUCUGGUUUUGAUCCUCUUUUUGCACAAACUGUUAGCCCUAAUUGGGAACAAGCACUGUCUGAAUGCCAUAGCAUGGAAACAUUGUCAGAGAGAGGGUGUAUUGGCAGGGUCAAGGUCCAAGGUCCAGCUAUGCGCAUCCCUGCAGGAUCUUUAAAAUUCCUCACUACAGCUUGUCCUCAGGUAUCUAGUGUCACCCUCCCCUCCGUAUUUUUAGAGCCCUGGUUUGGGGAAGGUCAACUUCCCGCAGGCUUACUCAUCUCAAAGGCUUUACUUACGGUUCACAAUGGUCAGGUCACCCUACCUGUUGUAAAUGUAAGUGUCCAGGAUGUGUGGCUUCAACCCCAUACUGUCUUAGGUGAGCUCCAUGUAGUUCAGUUAAAGCAAGCAAAAAGUUCUAUUACCAUCCUGGAAGGUGGGGUUCAGGGCCAAAUAGCUGUUGUUCAAUCACAGAGGGCAUCCACCAUUUCCCCACUUGACCCUUCAGCUCUUUCCUGGCCUACCCUUACUUCUGAUCAAGAGCAGGAGUGUAGGGCCCUGCUAGAAAGGUAUCGGGGUGUGUUCAGUCAAGGGGAUUGGGACAUAG